ACACGGACCUUAGAGACUUUCUUUACGGUCACCAACGAUCGGCGGGCUUAGUCGAGUAGCGACGAGCCAUGCAUUAGCGCAAAAUCGCGCAAUGUAUGCCAUCACCCUUUAAAGCUUGUCACAGUUUUGCAAAAUUGGCAUCAAGUGAUUAACAGCUAACGAAGAUUAACAUAAUUUUUAUAUCUCCUCGAGUGUGGUCUAAUUAAUCAGCAAGAUGAUGAAAAUGAAGCAACAGGGUUUGGUAGCAGACCUGCUACCAAACAUACGAGUGAUGCAAUUUUCUGGUCACUUCAUGUUCAAUUAUUACAACGAAGGACUGAAGUUUCCCCAUAGAGUAUUUUGCAUCGUCUCGUUUCUUCUCAUACUCGUCCAAUACUCGAUGAUGGGUAUAAAUUUGGCAAUGGAGGUCGGCGAUCCCGACGACAUGGCUGCCAACACCAUCACCAUGCUCUUCUUCAUCCAUCCGAUCGUCAAAACGAUCUACUUUGCCGCGAGGAGCAAGACGUUCUACAAGACUCUGGGCAUCUGGAACAAUCCGAACACACAUCCGCUGUUCGCCGAGAGCGACGCGCACUACCACUCGGUGGCCGUCCAGAAGAUGAGGAAGCUGGCCACCUUCGUCGGGGCUGCUACGAUAUUCACCCUGUUCGCUUGGACGACCAUCACGUUCUUCGAGGACUCGGUCAAGACCGUCGUCGACAAGGAGACGAACGAAACAACCAUCAUACCGAUACCGAGACUGCCUAUUCGGGCCUGGUAUCCGUUCAACUCAAUGAAAGGUUUCGGUCACAUCAUGGCCUUCGUCUAUCAAUUCUACUACCUCGCCAUGUGUCUCACCCUCUCGAUCUCUGUGGACGUUCUAUUCUGCUCGUGGCUGAUCUUCGCCUGCGAGCAAAUCAUGCAUCUGAAAGCCAUAAUGAAGCCGCUCAUGGAGCUCAGCGCGACACUCGACACGGUCGUGCCCAACAGCGGUGACCUCUUCAAGGCGGGUAGCGACGAUCAUCUGAGGGACACUAACGGGGUCCAGCCAGCCGGCGACGGAAUCGUCGACAGCGACGUGCGAGGAAUCUACAGCAACCGACAGGACUUCACGGCGACCUUCAGACCUACCGCGGGUACCAAUUUCAAUGGCAACGUCGGACCCAAUGGCCUUACCAAAAAGCAGGAAAUGCUCGUGCGUAGCGCCAUCAAGUACUGGGUCGAGCGCCACAAGCACGUCGUCAAACUUGUUACUGCGAUCGGAGACACAUACGGUGUUGCUCUGCUCCUUCACAUGUUGGCAACCACCAUCACUCUGACUUUGCUAGCUUAUCAGGCUACAAAGAUCAACGGAGUAAACCCCUACGGAGCUACUGUAAUAGGCUACUUACUUUACACGCUCGGUCAAGUAUUUCACUUUUGUAUCUUCGGAAAUCGGCUUAUUGAAGAGAGCUCAUCUGUCAUGGAAGCCGCUUAUUCAUGCCAUUGGUAUGAUGGAUCCGAGGAAGCCAAAACGUUUGUGCAAAUUGUGUGCCAGCAAUGCCAGAAGGCUAUGUCCAUUUCAGGGGCCAAAUUCUUCACUGUAUCGCUCGAUUUGUUCGCUUCGGUCCUUGGAGCCGUGGUUACUUACUUCAUGGUGCUGGUACAGCUGAAGUAAACUCGAAAUUUACUUGGAAAACUCGAGUCAACGUAUUACGGUCCGCUUUCGAAAUUUGCAUCAGUAUUCGCUAUUCAUCAUCUAUAGAACGCAAAGUUCUUGUGAAAGUGCGCGCAGUUUUCAGCAGUUCAAGCGAAAAUUUCUUAUACUGAGAUCAUUAGCUGAAAAACUAAGUAUCAUCUCUUCAUAAUCUCUGUACUUCUUGAAUGGAAGACAGUUCAUCCAUUUAUUUGCAGUUAAUUUAUUUUUUUAUUUUCUAUUCUAAGGUAAUUUCAUUAAUCACUAUUUUAUUAAAUAUUUUUGGUAUAAUUUUUUUUCCAAGUAAUUUUUCAUUAAAUAAAAAAUUAAACUUGAAAUGCUAGUUUAUCAUUUCUGAGGGUAUUUGUAUUUUAUUUAUCUAAAAUUUUUUAGUUUAUUACUUUACCUAUUUUUUAUUAAGCUUAAAAAAGUCAAAGAUUUUGUAAUUUAUUUACUAAAUUCAAAUAUCUCUAGGAUAAAUAGUCUUGGUCAACAACUUUGCUAUUAUAUACCUUUUAGUUUAAAAUUAUUCACUUAGAAAAACUGGGGAAUCUAUAUACGCUCUAAAAACCAAGAUGAUAAUAUAUACGUUUAUAAAAAAGAAUAAAUUUAUAAAAAAAAACUUCAAAAAGUAAUAGCUACACUGAUCACACUUCGUUACAAAUUUUUUAAAUAAACUCGAGUAAACAUAACUAAAAACACUGUUUAAUUUUUAUGAUAAUUAUAAUGAAUGUGUAAAAAACAACACAAAACAAUUUACGUGCAUAGAUCAGCUGUAGUUCAAUAAGUGAGCUAGAGCGUUAUUUAAAUUACAUAAUUUCUACGAAAUAAUACAAUAAUUUUUCUCGAAAUUGAUCAAAAAAAGUUUCUUGAAGCUCUGACGCAUUAAUUGAAGAAGAUAGUUUUGCAGUAUUAUUUUUCCACAUAAAAUAUUCUUACAAAAUUAGUUAAGGGUAGUCAUACACCAAUUCACUCAUUUUUGUCAUUUUUGUAAUAUAAACCACAGUUUAAUGUCAAUCUACAUUUUCAACAUAAAAUUGACAUCUUUGAGCCCUAAAAAUUGGGAAAAAAGUUGCAGAAUAGUCCUUUGCAUCUUAACAUAGCUUAUUUUUGCUAUUUUAGCCUUUCGGCACUGUGGAUAAGGAUAGUGGAUAAGGAUAGACUCUUUGCCAAUAGGAAUUGGCAAAGAGCAGUGAAUCGGUGUAUGACUCCCCUUAAUGUACCUCAUUUUUGGUUAAGAAGCUAAUUUUUUUUAAAUAUCAAUGUAUAACAAUUAUUUUCACUGUAAAUAUGACGCAAUAAUAUUUGGUAACUUGUAAUGCGAUGGCUUAUUUUUAUAAAUAAUCAAGUCAAUUUGUUUGAAUAAUACUUAACUGCUUGAAACUAUUAUGUUUAAGAAAUGAAAAUAUAUAAUAAGGUCUAUCACGAUGAACUUUGCUUAAAUAACAAUAAUGCAUCUGUGAUCACAAUGUAUAGAGAUCGUUUUCCAUACUAUCAUUAGACCUAUAGCAUCGAGUCAGAUAAUUCUCUGGGACAAAUUGAAUUAUUAUUUGAGAAAGUGUUAUUGCAUGGUUUUAGAUAUGUUUUAUUACUAUUUUAAAGAUUGAUAAAUAUGAAAUUACGUAUAUGCCAUACAAUAAAAAAACGAUAUCGGAUUUCGGGAUAAUUGAAACUUAAUUUAAUCUUUAGAAUUCCAUUAAUUAUUCACAAUUUAAAAAAUAUUAUCUAAAAUAAAGUUUUGAUAUAUUAAGUCGUACAAAAAUAAUUGCUUAAGAGGAUGGGUUUAUUAUUUUUUCAAUUGUAAUAUAUUAGUAAAGUAGAAAGUUUGUAAAUAUUUUUCUUAAGAGAGUGUCAGUUCGGCUGCCAAAGUAUGCGAACAUAACUUAUAGGUAAAGGUAUAAAUAACGUAGCAUUUAGGUAUACAUAGAUAAGAUCAUUUUGCCGCCUAAUAGACUCUCUUUUUUCAAUACUAUGAGUUUGAUUAAAUUUUUCUUCAUUCAUUUUAAAGUUUAGUAACGUGAAAUAUAAUCUAUAAAUCUUAGUCACUGCACUAACUUUUUCUUUAAAAACCUAUCUUCUUAAGAAUAUUUUUGGGCCAAUGAAAGAGUCUAAAUAUAAGUAAAAAGUUUAAUACGACAACUCAAUUAUUCAAAUUGUUAUAAAAUUUCCAGAGUUUUUAUUCUACGAUACUUAGAAGAGAAAUGAUAUUUAUUAUUACACAUUCCCAGAUAUUUUAUUUUACCAUGAAGGAUUGUGUUUUUAAAACAUAUCCUUUUUUUCAUUCUAUAAGUUUCAUAGAUUUAUGAUUGUAAGACGUAUGGUUUUUUUAAAAAACUUUUUCUAUCAUUUCUUUUUAUAUCAAAAAAAAUCUAAUAAGUUACUAUUACUGUAUUUCAUAGUUUACAGCAAAAAAAAAAAAACAAAUUCGAUUCGAUAGCGAAUUGACACUGUAAAAUUCAACGUUAUUUCCUUAAUAAAAAACAAUAAAAUAUUCUC